AUGACUUGGGUCGGCCCAGAUCGGCGUGGCAGUGCCACAUGCUGUACAUCACUUUCGGUGUGUGCGGGGACGCGGAGUUCGACAUUCAGAAUCGGCGCGGUUCUCUCUGUGAAAUGGCGAGCCCGGCUGACAAACAACGGCGGGCUCGUUUCGUCCGAUGCCAGCCGUGUGAUUUUCUUUGUGCCCGUACUGAUCCUGGUCGGCGCCGUGACCACUGUGGGACUCCUGCUGCAGGACUCGGAGGCGCACCUCGUCCAGGGGCUGGUGGGGGGCUCGGCCGCGCUGCUGGCACUGUCCGCGGCGGCGAACCUGUUCCACCUGCUCUCCGUGCUCGCCCACGGGAGCCCGAGGAUCGAUCAGGGCCCUGCACACGGCGCACCGGCUGGACGCGGCCUCGGGCGCCGUGCUGGCCGCCGUCGUGUUGGCCUUCGGCCUGGAGGGGCGCCGCGACGUGCCGCCGCAGGGGCGGUCGGUGGCGCCGGCGGAGGAGAGGACCCGGACGAGACCAAGGCGGAGAAGGCCGUGGAGAGCGGGCCCUCUUGGGGCGCGCUGCUGGUGGCCGGGGCCUACGCCCUGGCGCAGACCGCCCUGAGCUGGCAUAAGGAGUCGCCCGCGUUCCAGGACGUGGCGAACGCCUAUCUUGAGCGGCAGGGCACCGAGGGCCCCGCGUGGGACGCGCGCUCGGGGCUGGCGGUGGCCGCGUGGCUCGGCGUCUGGGUGUCCUCCAGGGGCUGGCGGGGCUGCUGGAGGACCGCAGCGACGCCGCCGACCCGCGGCGGGGGCCGGGCCCGCUCGGCGCCGCGCUGGUCCUGCUGGGGCCGCCCGCGCUGA